GUGGCCGGCCGAGGAGUCCAGCGUUGCACUCGACGGCCGGCUGCUGUACACGCUGCCGUCGGAGAACAACUGGACGCGGCGCGGCCGGUUCUCGGUCCGCAUGACGGCCGUGCACGCGCUGCUGGUGACGCUGGGCGGCGCGCCGGCCGACUGGAGCGCCCAGCUGGGCGGCCAGCGGCCGCUGCUGCCGCGCACCGGCCGCCUCCGGCAGACGGCGCUGCUGCUGGUCAAGGACAAAGCGCCCGGACGUAUGGCGCUGGCCAGGGACCCGAUAAAUCUGGACAAGUGCAUCAUUUGCACAGAUCCGGAGGUUCGAGACUGCUUUGAAAUUCACGAGCACACAACCAAAGAAUCACUCAUUGUCAAGGCAGAGGACGCCGAGCGGACAGAACUGUGGCUCCGGCACCUGCAGUACUUCGCACAACGCCUCGGGGGCUGGAGAAAGCGGCGCAACGGCCUGGCCAACAUCAUGAUAGGCCUUUCCGACGUGUAGGUGCUGCCACCUAGGCAAUGCUGUGACACCUGGUGCUGCCAUCUGUGAUAAUCAGCCGACGCACACCCGUCAGGCCGGCUGAGCGUCAAGCGGACAUGGCCUGCGUGCGCCGCUGACCUGUCCGUGACCUGCGCGCGACGGCGGCCACUCCGCCGCACGGUAACCGUGCUGGUGGCCUGGUGGGUCUGGGAAGAGUUAACCGUAGGCGUGAGGCUAAUCCGGGAAGCGGCGAGUACGACGUAGCAUGCGUGCUU